UGGAGGCUUGGAUGUGGCUUCUGCCAUCAGCUCCGUCCGGGGCAAGUGCAAGAACCGACCGGGAUCAUGGAAAUUCUAUUCUGAAAUGCUGAUUGAAGGAAUGUCGGAAAUGGCGUCCCCUUCUGCAUCCUCAUGAAGGGACCAGGUUACUAAGUCUGAAUUGGCGGAUGCCCUGUUGCCCAAAGAAAAAGGUGUGAGGGGUGGAGGACAGCGGGAGCUGGACUGGGCGGUACGGGAAGCCUCCAAGGGCGUUUAUUUCUUUGGAUUACCUUUCUCUCUCCUCCCUCGUCUCCAUGUGGUCUCUACCCCGAAGGUAGAGCAAAAGCCGUUGGAACUAACAACGCCACCGACCUGGUGCCUAUUCGUUAAGAGCCGUCGACCCAUGAUCCAGGUCGUCUGCGUGCAACCAUGGUUUGAUAGCAGGAGCGGACCUCUGGCCCAGUGACCACACGGGACGGCCAUGGCGGCCAUGACAGCCCAGGUCCAUCGCCCCAUACGGGACGCGGAUGGAGAGGGGGGGAGUGUGGGAGGUCAACGGCAGGAUACUGGCAUGGUACACGCUCUAAGCCUGAGGCUACCUCGACGCCAGGCGAGAUCGCGAGAGGAGACGAGAGAGAAUAAGAGCUUGUUGCACACAUCCACAGCCAGGUCGAUGUGGGUAGCAGGUCGUGGCGGGGCAUAUUGUACCAGGUACAGCUCGACAAGAGAUGUACAGACCAUGUACGCCUGUCAUUCUGAUGGUAGGAGUGAGGCCCGCCAGCCAGCUUUGACAACCAACCAGUCAAUCAUCGAGCUGAGAGGACGCAUCUGGGGCAGAACAACAGCUAUCCGGACACCAGCAGCAGGUACACCGGCCGCAUGCAUCGACUUUGGCGAGAAGACCAAUCACCUGCUGCCGUCCCCACGAGCGCUGCCUCAAAGUCCUGGCUCGUACCAGUGUAAGAGAGUUGCAAGGCAGGCGGAAGAUCGGUCUCUUGAUGCCAGCCCGCGGGGACGUAGAUCAUUUUCGAAUUCUAGAAAGUUUACGGUCCUCCCCAACACUCAACGUUGUGGACACGGAUUUAGAACAGGGAAAUCAUGUAGUCAAGGUGGAGAUUCAAUCCCGCCUAUGCCGAAAUGUGGCCGCUUGCUCAAGAGUGGUGUUUCGGGUUUCUUUGCCUCUUCAUCUGUGCAUCACGGGGAAGACCGAUCGUUCUAGGUCAGUAGCACCCAGGGACUCUGCUGCUCGUCAUAGUGCCCCGUCUUCCACCGACAACACCCAACGGCCAAGUCGGUGAAGGGGGAUGGAUCGCCAGCCCAGAGAUGAGAGGGUAGGCGUGGCAGGGUGGUGGGUGGAUUCGUCUGCGGUGGCGUGGAGAUCAGCAAGUAGCUGCAGCCAUUGUACUCGGACUCUGGUCAGGAUAGCUUCAUA